AGGCGGGCGGCAGCGACCGGCGCCGGGGCUGCAGUCGUAUAAAUACCCCCUCCAUCCUCGUGUGCGCCAUUAUCUCUUACAUCGACCCCAUAACAGUCGAAUUGUAAGACGAAGAGCUGCUGCUGCUGCAAACCUCCAGCGAGAAUAAAACUGAAUAAAAAUGCGUGAGUGCAUCUCCAUCCACGUUGGUCAGGCUGGUGUCCAGAUCGGCAAUGCCUGCUGGGAGCUUUACUGUCUUGAACAUGGAAUCCAGCCGGACGGACAGAUGCCCAGUGACAAGACCAUCGGAGGAGGAGAUGAUUCCUUCAACACCUUCUUCAGUGAGACUGGAGCUGGAAAACACGUCCCCAGAGCUGUAUUUGUGGACCUGGAGCCCACUGUCAUCGAUGAGGUUCGCACUGGGACCUACCGCCAGCUGUUCCAUCCUGAGCAGCUGAUCACUGGCAAAGAGGAUGCUGCCAACAACUACGCUCGUGGACACUACACCAUCGGUAAAGAGAUCAUUGAUCUGGUUCUGGACAGGAUCCGCAAACUGGCUGACCAGUGCACUGGUCUUCAGGGCUUCCUGGUGUUUCACAGCUUCGGUGGAGGCACCGGCUCUGGUUUCACCUCCCUGCUGAUGGAGCGUCUGUCUGUGGACUAUGGCAAGAAGUCCAAACUGGAGUUCUCCAUCUACCCAGCUCCCCAGGUGUCCACUGCUGUGGUGGAGCCCUACAACUCCAUCCUGACCACCCACACCACCCUGGAGCACUCCGACUGUGCCUUCAUGGUAGAUAAUGAGGCCAUUUACGACAUCUGCCGUAGGAACCUCGAUAUCGAGCGUCCCACAUACACUAAUCUGAACAGGCUAAUCGGUCAGAUUGUGUCCUCCAUCACUGCUUCUCUUCGUUUUGAUGGUGCCCUGAAUGUUGAUCUGACAGAGUUCCAGACCAACUUGGUGCCAUAUCCCCGUAUCCACUUCCCUCUGGCCACCUAUGCCCCUGUCAUCUCCGCUGAGAAGGCUUACCAUGAGCAACUCUCAGUGUCUGAGAUCACCAACGCCUGCUUUGAGCCGGCCAAUCAGAUGGUGAAAUGUGACCCUCGCCAUGGCAAGUACAUGGCUUGUUGUCUUUUGUACCGUGGUGAUGUGGUGCCUAAAGAUGUCAAUGCUGCCAUUGCCACCAUCAAAACCAAGCGCACCAUCCAGUUUGUGGACUGGUGUCCCACCGGCUUCAAGGUUGGCAUCAACUACCAGCCGCCCACCGUGGUUCCUGGUGGAGAUCUGGCCAAGGUCCAGAGGGCUGUGUGCAUGCUGAGCAACACCACUGCUAUUGCAGAGGCCUGGGCUCGGCUGGACCACAAGUUUGAUCUGAUGUACGCUAAGCGGGCCUUUGUUCACUGGUAUGUAGGUGAGGGUAUGGAGGAGGGAGAGUUCUCUGAGGCCAGAGAGGACAUGGCAGCUCUGGAGAAGGAUUAUGAGGAGGUGGGAGUCGACAGUGUUGAGGGUGAGGGAGAGGAUGAAGGAGAGGAGUAUUAAAAAGGGACAUGAAGGCUUUAUUUAAACAUGAAAUAAUUGAUUGCAAUGGGUCCCUAAAUGCAUUCCAAACAAGUGUGUCAUUUUGACUGUUCAGAUUAAAACUUCUGAAAAUGUCAAGUUUGACUAUGUUCUCAAUAAAUUCUCUGUAACAUGAA